GCAUCCCAAGCCGGGAGAGGUGGCCAAAAAGUUAAAGGGAGCAGCGAGGCGGCGGGUAGCUGGAAUCCCGGGUAGCGGACCACAGGGAGGAGGCAAGCGGGCUGCUGUUGCGCACGGACGGAUGCGGCUGCCAGCGGAGGGCGCGGACCUGAGUCCUGGCCCCCGCUGCCCCUGCUACCCCCGCGCGGAUGCUGCAGCCGGCUGGAGCCGUUGCACUGCAGGGCUUAUGAACUCUACCAGGGUUCUAGCCUAUUCAUCUAACCCAACGAUGGCUGUGGACAUAGAGUGCAGAUACAGCUGCAUGACCCCUUCCUUGCGGAGAGAGAGGUUCGCCUUCAAGAUCUCACCAAAGCCAAGCAAACCUCUGAGGCCUUGUAUUCAGCUGAGCAGCAAGAAUGAAGCCAGUGGAGUGGUGUCCCCGGCCAUCCAGGAGAAAAAGGUGAAAAAGCGAGUGUCCUUCGCAGACAACCAAGGGCUGGCCCUGACAAUGGUGAAAGUGUUCUCAGAAUUUGAUGACCCAUUAGAUAUUCCAUUUAACAUCACUGAGCUCCUAGACAACAUUGUGAGUUUGACGACAGCAGAGAGUGAGAGCUUUGUGUUGGAUUUUUCUCAGCCUUCUGCAGAUUACUUAGACUUCAGAAACAGGCUUCAGACUGACCAUGUCUGCCUUGAAAAUUGUGUGCUGAAGGACAAAGCCAUUGCAGGCACAGUGAAGGUGCAGAACCUCGCGUUUGAGAAGAUGGUGAAAAUAAGAAUGACAUUUGACACUUGGAAAAGCUUCACAGACUUUCCCUGUUGGUACGUGAAGGACACUUACGCUAGUUCAGACAGGGACACGUUCUCCUUUGACAUUCGCUUGCCUGAGAAAAUUCAGUCUUACGAAAGAAUGGAGUUUGCUGUGUGCUAUGAGUGCAAUGGCCAGACAUACUGGGACAGCAACAAAGGCAAAAACUAUCGGAUCAUCCGGGCUGAAUUAAAAUCCACUCAGGGAACAGCUGAGUCACAAAAUGGACCAGAUUUUGGAAUAUCUUUUGACCAAUUUGGAAGCCCUCGGUGUUCCUAUGGUCUGUUUCCGGAGUGGCCUAGUUAUCUAGGGUAUGAAAAGCUAGGGCCUUACUAUUAGUGACUGCAUGUGACAGCAUGGCUGAGUGGGUGCAGACAAGUCUAGCCGUAGUCACACGGGAUGGAGAUGGAAGCCAAGAGAAAAGCUGAACUGCCAUUAGGCACGGCUUUUGAAAAGAAAGGAUCCUAUUCACUUUUUUCUUAAACCAACAAAUCCAGCUAGGCUUAGAUCACAGAACCAGUGUCACACUCCGGGUGGCUGUGGUGUGCUGGUCUGUUUGGCACCUGUGGCUGCCACAGGGUCUGAGCAGGAUGGUGCCAGAAAGGUUCUGGACAGGAACCAGGCCUGCAGGCCGUGCUGGCGAGGCUGGAGGAUGGUGGCUUAAUAACGACCCAACCAGGAGGGUGCCCGGCCUGUCUGGAGGAGCCGGUCCUCUUCCCUUGGAGGAGAAAGUCAGUCACUUGCAUGUCACUCCAUCUCCAACCACCUUUCACUGACUGGGCCCUUGCUCUUUGUCUCUGGGUGUUGUCCACCCAGCCAAGUCCUUCCUGCCUGUCGCUGCUGUUCCUUGUCUACGUGUACUUCAUACUUUUAUCUCCAUGCGUUUUUGUGCGUUUCUCUUCAACAGUUCACUGAUGCUCAGGAAAAGAUAAUAAAGGCAUAUCAGCCUGUGAGACAGGCAUUGCCUCUUUCUGACCCCCCAUAUGUGUUCCAGCGGGGAACAUCACACCAGUGAUCGAAAGUAACUGGCCCUUGUGCAGUGUUACAGUUGCUGCUGACUUAUGAUAGGCAGGACAGUCACGAGUGGGACACUUUUAGCUUCUCCUCUUGGCUUUUGAAGAAGCUUUCUAAGCAGUCACUCUUAUCCUGAGUCACCUGAAGGCUCAAUUACAAGAGGUGUUUUAACUUGUUUGGCUGGUGUGCAGGCAUCUCAUUCUUCACGCGACGAUUUGGGACGUCUUUUCCUGGGGACUCAUCUUUUAUGCUGUGUUCAGGACAUCUUGAUUUACAGAUCCAGCAUAUCCUCAAAGCCUUCGGAAAAUGUCUGUUUGCAUUCUGACUGUGAUUUCCAAUAUCCAGGACACUUUACAAACACCCAGGGACUUGGACGUGGGUGUUCUUAUUUAUGGUAUGAGUAUGCUUAAAGGGAUAGGGGAGAAAAAUCUCACUAAGUUCUCAUAUUUUUAUCUUCAGUGUUUGCCAACUCUGAAAUGUCAGAGAUUAAUUGUUCUUCACCACAUUGGACUAAAGAAUUAAAGGUCUAUGGUUCAUACUGUCAUGAGACUCCUGGAACUUUCAUUGUCAGAUGAAUCCCCAAACCCUGUGAUUUUUCGUGGGCAAGACUGGUUUGUACUUGGGGGGUGUUUAAAAAUAUUUUCACAUGUGUAUUUGUAGAAGGUUGGGGUUUUUUCUGUUUUUGUUUUUUGGAGAUUAGUUAAACAAUUGUCUUAUUUUCCUUUGGCCUGACUUAUUAAAGUGGGGUUUCCCUAAGAGGUGCAGGAAGAAGAAUGCACAGCUGCCUGCAUUCGGGGGGCACAGCUACUGGACUCUGCAAGCAAAGAGUCUUCUUUGGCUUGCAUUUUCCAAAUCAAUUAGAAAAGACCUCCAGCUUCCGUGUAAAUCGGUGUCAGGCAGUUAUGGAGUGUCUUGGCUCCUGGAGGUUUGUGGUGGUGGUUUUUUUUUUUCCUUUUUGAACUUUAAAAUGUUUUGACUUUUUAAAUGGUCUUUAAGUGGUGUUUGAUGUAAUUCUUGUUUCUAAAACUAGCUGUUACUAGUCUGCAAUCUAGUGCUUUAUUUUUUAUGCCUCUCCCAGGUGGGCAGCACGGAGGGAUUACAUGAUAAUAUAAUAUAUGGGAAAAUCACAUCUUUAUCUGAUGCUGAAAUUGGGGAGCUCUGUUUUAUCUGAGCACAUGUUACAUCAAGUACACAGAGAGCACUUUCAGUGUUCUGGUGAUCAGAACUAUUCUUAAUAGUGUAAAUCUAAAGUGGAUGGAAGUGAAACUGAUUUUCUAUAGGUCAUGAAUUGAUUUUGCUUUUUAAAAGUCCCCUCCCUCCACCUCCGAUUCAGGAAAGGUACAGGUGCACUGUCGUUUACAUGUUACCAGACUAAAGGUGGCGAGAUCAUUCUACGUUCAUAAGAAAAAUGCCUCAAGUGACUCCUGUAUGGUUUUCAUAACAGUGAUCUUAAGACAUUCCUGUGUCAAAAUUUGAAAUAGGGUAAUUCAGUGAUAAGGAUCUCUAUUAAAGCAGCCAUAAAUCCUCCCCCUUACCCUUCUGUACUCCCAGCUCCCCCAGCUUUUUUGCUGGGGGCACUGGGUGCAAGCCCCCAACUAGCGCACCUGGGACGCUCACCCCACCAGGCAAGUCCUCACCCGCUUGCAAAGACCCUUCUCUUACUAAAGAAUCCGGCUGGCCGACUUCCCUGUCAGCAUCGCCAAUCAGCGAGGCGGGAGCAUCUGAAGAAUACUGUCUCCUCUUCACCACAGAGUCGUUCUCUUUUUGCCCAGUUCUGUCCCAGGAUAUCAUCAGAUGGCCUCAGGAACUGCCUCGAUGCAGCCUCUCUUUAUUUUACAGCUCCCCAUGAGCAGAUAGGUCUACACACUUCAGAGACGGACAGGCUUCUCAGUUGGAGGCUUCUCUGCAGCCCUACCUAUAGGUUUGGCCCUCAGACCGCUCUUGGUUAUGCUGACGAAUGGCCCCAGUCCUGGGGUCCUUUCUGAGUUGCUCCCAGAAGGCCCAGCCCCCUGUCACGGAGGCAGUGGUCCAGGAAUGGGGAAGCAGCUCCAUUUUUGUUUCAUAUUUAUUCCCCCAAAUGCCCUGGGGAGCAUUUGCAAAUUAGGUGCAAUAAAUAAGCUGGACCGUAAAAGGAUAUAUAAUAAAUAAGCUUUCCGUGUUUCUUGGAAAAGAUGAAGCAUUUGAGUGGGUUUCUUUUCUCUCUCUCUCUUUUUUAAGUAUUGUUAAAGGAAAGCUGGUGAGAAAAAAGUGGAGUUAUGUAGUUCUCCAGAAAUUAAAGCAAUUUCCGAUUCAAGGUAGCAUUUCUAUUUUCCUCUACAACUUAAUUUUAAUGGUGGCAAAACAUUACUCUUCCAAUAUUUUUUAAAGGUGUAAAUUUUAAACUGCUAAAAAAAUGCGUGGUUUUGAUCUUUGUGUAUAAUUUGCUUUUUAAAAACAAGCAUCACUUGUAGUUACUUGGAUGUUAAAUGGGUUACAUAUAUGUUUAUAAGCUCCAAAGGUGAUUGUUUGCUUACUUUUUAGAAAUGCCCAUUUUCUGGUUCUUCAUGGACAGUGAAUGAAAACUUGGUUGUUUUUCAUUGGUUUCCUCUUUUAAAAUUCCUCAGCUAGAUAUGGUUUGCUAGAGUAGGCCUCAUGGCUGUUUGCUCCAGGAGGUCCCGAUCUAUUUAUAUCUCUUCUGAUACAAUUACUGAAAUUGGGGAGAAGUAAAUGGGGUCUUACAGGGUCAUCCAAAGACAAUAUGGCAGCGAUCUUUACUUCCAGAAGUGGGACACAUCUGACACUAGGAUGGAUAGCUGUGGUUCUGGGCGGCUUUUCCUCCUUAUGGUUGUAAAGCGUUGCAGCCCAGGUUGUAAAGCUGUGAAUGUUUUUACAGUUUUGCCUUUAUCAGUUGCUAGAGAUUGCUGGACCUGUGAGGACUCUGAAACACACUGCUGUGAUGAUAAUGUUUCACUUUUCCUUCAGUGUGAAUGUAGAACUGAAGACCCAUCUUCACCUGAUGCCUAAAAAGUGCCUUGUCAAGAAAUGUCCACAUUUUUAAGAAUAAAUAUUUUUGUACACAAAGUUAAAGGGGAAAUGCACUUUAAGAUCACAAAGAAUGGAUGUAUUUUGUGUGGUGUAAGAGAGUGGUUUGUAUCUCAAAUGUAAAAAUGUAAUAAA